UGAUUUUGUACUGUGACAUGUUGCGCUGCUCUGAUUGGUGGGCUGCUUUCAGUUUUACUUCCGGGUCAGCAGCUACAGGUUGCCGUAGAACUUGCUGGUGGGGACAACACGUCAGCGGGCAUCAAAACAACUAGAAAUUGCAACGUUUGUUUAUAUGAGAGUGUCAUAACUUCCCGCGCUGCAUUUAAAACGCAUCUUUUGCCUUAAAUGGAUUACAGACACGCGGAUGUACAGAAAUCUCGCGUGUCGGCGCUAUAGCAUCAUGAAAGCUCAGAUUGAGUUUUCGCACUCAUUCACUACGGACACUUCUGAACCGACCUACAGAACAUGAUCUGAAUAAUAACCGUGGCCGAGAGAGGUUACCGGAGCGUUUCUUGUGUCGUCCGCAUACCGAGCAGCAGAUAUCGGGACAUGUCGUCCCCGUCACCGGUGCAGAUCAGAGAAGCGAACGCGCAUCUGGCUGCGCUGUACGGCCGCGUCACAAACCUCGAGCAGAAACUGCAAGACGCGGAGAAAACCGUGCGCGAGCAGGCGGAGAGUCUCAUCCGUAAAGAUGAACAACUGAGAGCUGCCAUUCAAGAAAUCACGGAGGCCAAGGACAAAGAGAUAUCCUUUCUCCAUGAGAAGCUUUGUCAAUCAGAGGAAUCCAUCCAUAAACUUAACCAAACAAUUAAGGAGAAAGAUUCUCUAAUUGGACAGUUACAGCAUCGAUGCCAGCUGCUGGACAAUAUCUGCAAAAGUCGUCCAUUACUGGACAGCAUGCUGGCUCAGAUGGCUGAAGCCGAGAGAAUGGGGCCAGUUAGUGACUUCGGGAAGCCUGCAACAAACAGCUCCAUGACAGACGGAGAGUCCAACUGCAGUCCCAGCCGCCUCUCCAAUCACAAAGACUUCUCACUCAGCGAGGAUGACUCCGACGACCAGGAAUUAGACGGGGUUGUGUUUGGGACCACUGUAUGAGGGUCUCGGUUGAACUAGUACUUGUCUCAGGUUUAGCGGCCUGUGUGUUUAUGAUUCUGGUCAUUAUUUAGUUAUAUACCCAUUGUGCCACAGGUUGUGGCAGUGAAUGGGAUACUUGCGUUAAUGAGAAGAUCGGUUUAUUCUACCCUUUGCCUCUGUGCAAAACAAUGCAAGUAUGCAAAAGAUUUGCACCUCACUGAAUUAUAGUUUAAAAUAUGCUAGAUAGGUUUUAUUAUAAUUGUCAACUCGGUUUCUCAUUUUUAAUGUGUGCAUAUGCUGUGACAAGCUGAUUUUUAUUGUUACGUAAUCCACCUGCAGCUGUACCUUGCGAUACAGCGGUGAAAUGUUUAGGAAGUUAACAUUUGUAAACAGUAGCUGCCUGUUUGAGUUUUAUUUACUGUACCAUGGUUGUAGUUUCCACAGACAAAAGUCAGUGAUAAUCUACAAAUAAUGCAUAUAAAUCUAGUGUCAUCUAUUGUACACCACACAUUGCAAACUAAGCAACUACACAUUCUUACAUCAACAUGCAUCACUUAUGUUACACUUUGUGUUACUACUUAUGUUACACAUAAAUACACUUAGGUCAUAUUGGACACAGUUAUUUUGUUACAAUUCAUUUUUACUCAUGUAGUUGGUAGUGGCUGGGUUGUAUUUAAGUAUAAAAGCGGACAUUUUAGGAAUCAACCCUAGGAGGCAUCUUUAAAGACACUUAAGUUACUGAAACACCCACCAAACAUUGUGUCUUUGAGCACAGCACUGAGUCACAAGACUGCAUGUAUGUGACACCAUGACAUCACCAUAGUGGUGUACACCAGAUGAACACUGUAAUUUAUGUCGCAUUGUAUGUAAUUAAGGGAUCUAUGCAGUGAAGAUGUACUGAGAGCGACUAAAAAUACCCCCACCAGAUAAACAGAGAGCAUUUUCCAACAAACACGGGACGACUGCUUACAAAUAAUAGGCCAGUGAUGGUCAAGCAGCGGCGAAACACUUUUAUGUAACAGUGUCUGUAUGGAAAUGAUGAAUGAGCCUUGAUGGGUGUCUGUAGUUUUGCUGUUAUUUCAGUUUUGCUGAUGUGAAACCAAUUCAAAGCCAUGCAGAAAUGGAUACAGUAUAGAUCUUUCUCCAUAUUAAUUUUGUUUACUAUUCAUGUACAUUUAAUUCGGCCUGGCAAAAUUAAGUCUAUGCAAGUCUGUUAUAUUUUGCCAUAUUUAUUUGUUUUCCGAGUUAAGCUGUGUGGAUACACAGGUGAUGAAAUGCAACCGUAAUGUAUAGUGAAUAUCUUUGAUCGUAUACUGGAGUUAGGGGCAUUAUUCACGUGGGUAUUUACAGUAUAUCAUUUGUAACGGUUAAGAUAUGGUGGUUACACAAUAUUUCCGUGUUAGUUUUAAGAGUUACGUGUCGUAGUGCAUUAAAGCAUGGUAAAUACAUAUUGGGGCAUAACAUAUCAGUCUUGCUGGUGCCCUGUACAGAAAUGUGUAUGCUGACAUUUUUCUCUACGGAUAAAGUAAAACGGUGCCUAAAAGACGCUUGGGUAUUUAGUCAAUGGAAUUAUUUAUUCUAUAAAAAAAAGAAAAAUCUAAUAAAUUAUUUUGUUAUUCAUCA